UAAGCGUUAUGAUUAUUAUUAGGUUUAAUCAGACGGAAGGGAGAAAAAAAGUCAUUAGGGUUUUAAGAGAAGCCGCCUCCACCAUGAUGACACGGCGCAAGAAACGAUCUUGUUCGAAUCAAAAGAAAGAAGAAGAGAAAUCCGAACGGAUCCCGUUCGAUCUCGUAAUCGAGAUACUCUUGAGAUUGCCUGUCAAGUCUAUAGCUAGAUUUCGUUACGUAUCGAAGCUAUGGCAGUCCACAUUGCGAGGUCAGCAUUUCACCGAGUCCUACUUGACCAUAUCUUCGUCUCGUCCGAAGAUCUUGUUUACAUGCCUAAAAGACUGCGAAACGUUCUUCUUCUCAUCACCACAUCCUCAAGAUCUGUCUCCUAUAGCCGCAAAUUUGCAUAUGAGUUUCCCGAUUAGCUGUCCCUCUAAUAUUUGUCGUCCUGUUCGUGGCUGGUUAUGUGGUUUACAUCAACGAACUACAAAGGGAACGACGGUUACUGAGCCAUUGAUAUGUAACCCUAGCACAGGGGAAUCCGUGGUCUUACGUAAAGUGAAAACAAGGAGGAAAGGAGUGAUAAGCUUUUUGGGGUUUGAUCCGAUCGACAAAAAUUUCAAAGUAUUAUGCAUGACGCGUUCAUGUAUAGGACGAGCUGAUUCUGAAGAGCAUCAAGUUCACACGUUAGAAACCGGGAAGAAACCGUCAAGGAAAAUGAUCGAAUGUGACAUACUACAUUAUCCUGUUCCUGUGGAGCAUACUAAUGGCUUUUCUCAAUAUGAUGGGGUAUGCAUCAAUGGUGUUUUGUAUUACUUAGCCAUUGUCCAUGGUGUUUCUGACGACAGGUAUCCUGAUGUAGUAUGCUUUGAGUUUGGAUCUGACAAAUUCAAAUAUAUCAAGAAAGUUGCUGGUCAUGACAUGGAAAUAUUGUACUUGGGAAGGCGGCUGAAUUCAAUUCUAGUAAACUACAAGGGUAAAUUAGCUAAGCUUCAGCCCAACAUGCCUAACAACGUAUGCACCGGUAUUCAACUAUGGGUUCUUGAAGACGCGGAGAAACACGAAUGGUCAAGUCAUAUCUACGUUUUGCCUCCUCCGUGGAGGAAUGUAUAUGAAGAGACCAAGUUAUGUUUCGUUGGAACGACUCGUAAAGGUGAAAUUGUGUUGUCCCCAAACACUAUAUCCGACUUUUUCUACCUUCUCUAUUACAAUCCCGAUAGGAACACUAUCACUAUAGUUAAAAUCAAAGGAAUGGAAACUUUUCAGAGUCACAAAGCUUACACCUUUCUUGACCAUUUAGAGGAUGUUAACCUUGUACCCAUUUGGAGGAUGUGAAGCUUGUGUCAAAGUUUUCAGGAUUUUGGGCUCGUAUAACAUAGCCCGUUUAUUAUUUUCUCAGAUUACUUUUAUGUUCUAGUGAUGGUAUUCGUCUUUUAUUUCAUACACUUGUAAGACAUGGUUGUUUUAAGCUCAAAUACUUUGCUAUUUAUAAAAUUUCACGAGCAAUCAGACUUUG